AAACUUAGUUGCCUCCGAGUCCGAGCCACAGCCAGCGACGACCGCGACACCAUCAAAGCUGAAGAAGAAAGUGAGAUGAUUGGAUCGCAAGAUUGGAUUUAUUGACUUUUUUUUAUUUUGUGAUAUUGUGAUCGACUAGCGGUUCUUUAAAUAACGAACGGUUAACUAAGUAUUGAGACCUAAGUUUAGGCAAAAGCUGCAUCGCAUCGCGCAUUCGGCUUAGACGGCGGUGCUAAGAUAACAAAGAAAGUGAGAUCAACUUGUUUGGAUAGAGCUAAAGAUGCUUGUCCGAAAGUUUCCUGUCUGUUUCUGUUUCUGUCUGUGUGUGUGUGCGUGUGUGUAUACGAGUAAAAUUUGAAAGAAAUUCCACUUUUUACUUUCGGAAAAGAUCUCGAAGCAGCUGCGGAACUGAGAAAUGUCAAAUAUCAAUAGACCGUCGUGGAAUCAAGUCGCGUAGCAACGAACCAGCUCUGUUUUUUUUUUGAGUAAUUUCCCCGAAAGCCCCUAAAAUGUCGCAAGGCGUAAUAAAUAUACUGAAAAAUCUUCUAACGAUACUUAUUGUGAGUGCUUGCGUGUUCUCGCGAGUGCAGUGCAACAACAGCGGCAAAGAGUUUACGAGUGACGCUGAUCUUCUGCGCAACGCACGGCUGUUCGAGUUCUUGGGCGAACCCAAGCAUUUUGCCCACACUCGCAGCAGGCCUCCAGGACCCAAUGUAUUUCCACUGCAUCGCGUGAAUGCACGCUCGGACGGCCCUGCUCCUCCACAAAACAAAUAUCCAGCCAAAUAUACCUUGAGAUCUCCCCUACCACCAGGAGGACCGCACUUAAUGGGCUUGGAGCAGAAUGGGAACUUUCCGUUCAUUGAGAACAACCCACAGCACAGGGGAUAUCAUUAUGAUAACAGCAAGCCCGUGCGAUUUGCACACUUCAAGGAUGCUGUGCUCGAUGUGGGCAAGAACCAAUUCGUUCGACCGGAAGGUAUUCUCCAAUAUCCCUCCGAGCAGUACAUACAGAACUUUAAGGCCUCCCACCGGUUCAAUGGAAAUGUGAAUGUAUUACAAAAGAACCCAGGCCCAGCAUACACGCCGUUCAAGCAGCAUGAGAUUCCCGUACAGUCCGCCCAGUACUUGCACUAUCCGAAACCCUAUGCCCCACCCGAAAACCACGGUCCGGUGCAAUCGAAGCAAGCUGUCAUGAAAAAAGCGCAAUUUCCGCAGGAGCACAGCAGCUACUCGGUGUACGAAGAGUCGGAAAAUUUUCCGAAACAAGGCAUUCUCCAAAACCAAGGCAAUUUCCGCCAACCAGUUGCACCGAAAAUAGAUUCUAAAGAGGCCCAGGAUUACCUGCAUUUCAUGGGCACCAAUGAGUACUUCCUGCCCAAACGAGAUCCUGACUAUAAGAAAUUGGACGCUGAGCACGACGGCAUCUCCAUCCAGCAUCCCCAUCAAUAUCCACUACCGCAGCUGCAGCAGCAGCAGCAACUGCAGCAGCAGCAACAGCAGCAGCAGCUGCAACAGCAGCAACAGCAGCAGCAGCAGCAGCAACAGCAGCAGCAGCAACAGCAGCAGCAGCAACAGCAGCAGCAACAGCAGCAGCAGCUACAGCCGCAGAGUCAUUAUCCAGUAAAUGGGGGCGGUCAAAAUCAACAUCUUGCCACGGACAAUAGUCUCUCAUCCAGCUACAACGAGCCCAUCCAAGUGUCGGAUCUGUUUUAUAACCAAGAUCCCGCUCCCCCAAAUGUUGCUGUUGUUCGCGGCAGCUACCAAGCCGGUCAGGAUGUGUUUGUGGUCAAGUCUGAUGGAAACAAGGCUGUCAAGCAUGUGGUUCUAACUCCAAUGGCAGCCCAAACCACGACACCAGCCCCACCCUCAACGCCAAGGAACCAAAAUCUCCAAAAGAGCCACAAAGGCUUUACCCAAGAACCCCUUCGGUUUGAAUUUACCGAGCAAGAUGCUAUUCGAGGACAUAUAAGCUACACCCAAUCUCCGCAAGGGCACAAGUACACCUACGAAACAGUCUAUUCGACGCCGCACCAAACCAACCUGGUCCAAGCUCCGGCUCCAAUCGCCGAGGUCUCCAAGCCAAUCAAGGAAUACAGUGACGAUGUAGAAGACAGCGCCGACACCGAAAAUUCGAAACAGCAACAGCAACAAAGCGAACAAUCGCAAAUCCAAGCUGCAGGUGUUGCGAAUUCUCAGGACGAUUCAAAGGCCACAGAAAGCUACUGUGAAAAUAUAUGCGCAAAUGUUUAUGAUGAAAACGACGAGAUAGUUUGUGGAUCCGACGGAUACAUGUAUACGGGAGAAACUCAAUUAGAGUGCUAUUCGUCCUGCCUUAAUAUAAGUAUAACUAUCAAAAGUAAAGGAUCUUGCACAUGAACCCUUCCUAUGUUUGCAUUAAUGAUACUUAGAAUAGCGAAUACAAUUUUUUUUUAAUAAUUUAUUUAUAUUAUUUAUUGUUAGCCUAAUUUUAUUUAUAAUCACAGCCUCAACUAUUUACAUGAACAAUAUUGCUAAUGUCUAAGGUUUUUAAAAAGGUAGAUAUAUUGAAACUGAUUUUAUUGUAGAACUUUGACUCUUGCUACAUUAAAUAAAUAUUUAAUAGUGA